AUGAGGUCGGGACAUGGAUUGUUUUUAAGUGUUUCAUCCUUGCUCUUUUGUAUUCUUCCAGCCGACGUUCAAGCAUUUUCACCCAAAAACGGCAGACUAUCAUCGACACUGUACGACUGGGGCAUAUAUGGCCCUUCCCCGAGACAGUCUUACCACUCAUCCGAACUUCAACCACCGCUUCUGAACUAUGCUAGGUGGGAUAGUCGAUGCGAUGAUAGUUAUACAGUGUUAGGACCCCGUGGCCGAAUGGUCUCACAACCUGGACCAAUGAUCUUUGAUGCAGAAGGCGAGUUGGUUUGGAUGGAGGACACAUAUGGGCAGGCGUUGGAUGUAAAGGUGCAGUCGUACAGAGGUGAACAGUAUUUGACCUUCUGGACUGGGGUAGAUUCUGGGACGUUCGGCACUGGAAGAUAUAUCAUGCUUGAUCCGAGCUAUCAGGUCUACAAGACAGUCACCCCAGCAAAUGAUCUUGAAGGAGACCUGCACGAGUUUGAGUUCACAGACAACGGAACAGCACUGGUGACCAGCUACCAUGCCACGACCGCCGACUUGACACCUUUUGGGAUCGCAUCACCGGGCUGGGUAUACGACAGUAUAUUUCAAGAAAUCGAUGUUGAGACCGGGGUCUUGAUAUUCGAGUGGCGUGCUUCCGAGCACUAUGACAUAAUGGAUACAUUCGCGAGACGGCCAGACUCGUCGGAUAGGGAUGACAGGGCCAUCGGGAGGGAGCGAAAGUCAGCAUGGGAUUUCUUCCACAUCAAUAGCAUCGACAAGGAUUCACAGGGAAACUACUAUGUCUCCUCACGUUACAUGCAUUCCAUUACGUGCAUUGGACCCGCCGGCGACAUCCUCUGGGUCCUUGGUGGCAAACGGAAUCAGUUCAGGGACACAUCGGACGGCAAGGCUACUGACUUCAAAUUCCAGCAUCACGCAAGGAUUCAUGAGAACAACACAUUGACCAUCUUCGACAAUGGGAAAUAUGACUCAAAGUCGGACAAUGCUGAGUAUAGUCGUGGGAUCCAAGUCCAACUCGACCUUGAAAAGAUGACGGCAACACUGGUGGGCGAGUAUGUCCACCCCAGCAAGAUACUAGUCGGCAGCCAGGGGUCUGUACAGCUGCUUCCAGAUUCUGGUCAUGCCGUGGUCGGAUGGGGAUAUGUACCGGCUUUCACCGAAUUCGACUCGGACGGAUCGGUGCUGUGCGACGUUCAUAUUGCACCUUCCAUAACCUGGAAGCUUGGCUGGGUGAAGAACUACCGUGCGUCCCGCACUUCGUCCUGGGUCGGGAAGCCCGCGACUCAGCCGGACGUCUAUCUGCGGCCCCGAGAGGGCAAGGUGUAUGUUAGCUGGAACGGCGCCACCGAGGUGAGCCGGUGGCUACUUCAAGGACGUGAGGGACAGGGAAUUCAUGUCGACUUGGUUUCGGUGCAGAAAAAAGGCUUCGAGUCGCACAUUGAAAUCACCAAUGACAUGCCAACGUUUGUGCGUGUGGUCGCACUCGACAAGCAAGGCAAUUCCCUUGGUCUCAGUGAAGAGUUGGACCGCACGGUCGGCAAUGCUCCUUCUGAAGUCUUCAAGAUCGUUGGCGUCGGCGUCUUUAUUGUCAGUACUGUCUUUUUGGCCUGGGUGCUGAGAAGGUGGAUCCCAGGCUACGAAAGAGUUCGAGAAGUGGUGCAUGACAUACAAAACAAAAGAUUCAAGGGCGGCAUGCUUGUACCCAAACGGCUUUCUAUUGCGAAGAACGGAAUUCAGGAGUCGGAUGAGGACAAUAUGCAAGAUGAGGAGGACUUCCAUGAUGACGUCGAGAGGGGAUUGCUUUCUGGUCGAAGCGGUGCGACCAGUGUAGAAGAGCUUCAACCGUUGUAUCGUCAAGACGAGGCGUGA